AGAGAGAGAGAUUGAGAGAUCAGAGAGAGAGACAGGCGGAGAGAUGUGCAUGGGAGGGAAAAGACAGGGAGGAGACAAGUAAAAGCCAAAGGAAUCUGAAAAUCACAAGCGGCACUAGAGGAUUGUAAACUUCCCCUGAGCUGUGAUUGGACCCUGGUAAGACCCUGAAACAUGGGCAUCUGGCCAGUUCCUGUUCUGCUUUGCUGCUGUUUCUUUGUUUUUGUUCCUGUUUGGGCACAGCAAACUGUUUUCCCACCAGAAAUACAGGACUUUGAAAGCACUUUUCCACCAUCGGACUGCAGAGAGGAAACAUACCCCUGUACCAGGAUGUACUCGGUUCAUCGACCUACAAAAAGAUGCAUCCAUUCACUCUGUAUCUACAGUCUCUCAAGAGUCUAUGUGAUUAACAAGGAAAUCUGUGUGAGGACCGUAUGUCGACAAGAUGAGCUCAUGAUGGCUGAACUUUGUCGAGAGAAAUCUGGGUGGCCGAAACGGCACACAAGAACAACAAAUAGACGCUGUCGCCGUAGCAACCCAAAAACAUGGGCAAACGAGGGUUAAUGUUAGGUGGAUUACGCAGAGGGCGGGAGACUGAAAGAAGGAGCGAGUUCUUGUUCAAACAAAUACAGCUAUACAUCUUAAUUACAAAUCUUAAACUAUAAGACUAUCAAAACUGUCGUUCAGUGACGUCAUAAUUAUUAAUUUGGAUGAAUGUCGACGUGUUUUAACCAGGCUAUUUUAACAGGGUUGUAAUUUACACAAGGGAUGACAAUGCAUACUGUCUAUGCUGAUGGGAAAAAGUUACCUAAUGCAGUCACAAUUUUAUAUUCCUUUAGGAGGCUAUACAGCACACAUCAGAAACUGUAUGUAAAAAAAAAUAAUAAUACAAUAUAUAUAUUUUCAAAAUAUCUGUAUUUUACAAAUAUUAUUAAAUGUUAUUAUUCUAA